CGAUUCCCGUGAAUAGGGAAGACGCCAUUGCCUAGGGAGUCAUCGAUGGUUAUUAUAUAAACUGAAGAAAAAGGGAUAUCAGAUUACCUAGGUACCUAAGGUAGUUAGGUACCUAACAUAAAACAAGAUGAAUCCCCAAAAUAUAUACACCGACGACGAGUGGGAAGAGGUCUCCCAGGAUCUUCCCAAGGAGGCCGAUCCUUUUAUUCAGAAGUAUCUGCAAGGUCGCGAGGCGCUUAUAGCCGAGGAGAAUAAGGAACGCAGCGAUGCCUCAUUUAAAAAGAACCUCUCCCCCAUCGCCAAGCGCGCCUGCGCCAUCGCGGCCCGCAUCCGGGAGGAGGAGAAGAACACGGUGUGGACGCCGCAGCUGGAGGACGCGCUGGCGCGGGAGGCCGACAUCGUCGUGCACCCGGGGAUGAUGUUCUCGCUGUCCAAGGCCCGCAUGGAGCGCACGAAGCUGUGGCGCAUCGUCCGCCGCAUGCCCAAGGGCGCCCUGCUGCACGCCCACAUGGACGCCAUGGUCGACUUCGACUUCCUCUUCCGCGUGCUCCUCGCCACCCCCGGCAUCCACCUCGCCGCCGACAGGCCGCUCACCACGGACGAGGAGCGCGAGGACGCCAAGCUCACCUUCCGCUUCUUCAGGCAGCCGCGCACCGAGGGCAACCUCUGGAGCCCCGAUUACAAACCCGAUACCUUCGUCCUGCUUACCCAGGCCGCCGACGCGUUCCCCGACGGCGGGAAGGACGGGUUUCUGAAGUGGCUGUACGGGCGGUGCACCAUCUCGCGGACCGACGCCGUGUCCCAGCACCACGGCGUCGACCACAUAUGGCAGAAGUUCGCCAAGUGCUUCCGGGUGGUCGGGUCCAUGAUCCACUACGAGCCCAUCUUCCGCCAGUUUCUGCGGCGGCUCAUGACCCUGCUCAAGGCGGACGGGAUCAACUGGUGCGAGCUGCGCUUCUCGUGGGCCCUGGACUAUUACAGGCAAGACAGUGAGACGCCCGAGUCCGACUACGGCGCCAUGAUGACGGUCAUAGACGAGGAGGUGGCGCGGUUCAAGGAGACCCCCGAGGGAGAAGGGUUCUGGGGGCUGAGGAUCAUAUGGGCAGCGCUACGAUUCUUUCCGACGCGAGGCAUCGUAGAGAAUAUGGAGCAGUGCAUUGAGACUAAGAUCACGCACCCUCACCUGAUCGCCGGCUAUGAUCUGGUCGGUCAGGAGGACAGCGGCCGGCCCCUGCGCGACCUGCUGCCCGAGCUAUUCUGGUUCCGCAAGCAGUGCGCCCAGGAGGGCGUGAACAUCCCCUUCUUCUUCCACGCCGGCGAGUGUCUCGGGUCCGGCAACUCGACGGACCACAACCUGUUCGACGCCAUACUCCUCGGGACGAGGCGCAUCGGCCACGGCUUCAGCUUGUACAAGCACCCGCUGCUCAUCAACCUGGUCAAGGAGAAAAAGAUCCUGGUGGAGAGCUGCCCGAUAUCGAACGAGGUGCUCCGGCUCUGCGGCUCCGUCAUGAGUCACCCUCUGCCUGCGCUGCUCGCGCGCGGGGUCGCCUGCUCGCUGUGCAACGACGACCCGGCCAUGCUCGGCCAGGACACGGCCGGGUCCACGCACGACUUCUGGCAGGCGCUGCAGGGGUGGGAGAACCUAGGGCUAGCGGGGCUGGGGAGCCUGGCUGAGAACAGCAUACGGUGGGCCGCGUUCGAGGACCAGUCUGCCGAGGAGUGGAGCAGGGGCAUCAGAGAGGCGAGCACGGGAAGCGGGACCAAGGCGCAGAGGCUGAAGGAGUGGGAGAUCGAGUGGGAGAAGUUCUGUGUGUGGGUCGUUGACGAAUUCGGCGAAGAUUAGAGAGGAAAGGGAAAAACGGAAAAGGGGGGGGGGGGGUAGUAAGUAAGCACAGGAGUUAGUUUGUUGGAGGAGGAGAAGGUUGCCUAGUGAAAAUGGCGGAGAAACGAGCAUAGAGGAAGGAAAAAGAAGGGUUACUGCGCCAUUCGCGAUGGGUCGAAUCCUGCCACUCCCGAGAUUGGUUUU